UGUAGACGAAAAUAAUCACUCGCAACGGUCCUACCUACAUUCAGUUCACUUGCUCAGGCAGACGAAAUCCAAAAAAAAAAAUUUCAAUUUUCUUUUGCGUAUUAGUUUGUCAUGAAAAUUUUUAAAUUAUUGAAUAAGUUUCUGGUAGUUUAGUGAGAAAAUUUGUAACCAACAAUUUGUUCGAAAAUAAUAAGUGUUUUUUUUUUUUAUAUUAUAUUAAAUGGAAAAAAAUAAGAACAACGAAGUGUCCAUCACAAAAGUAUCAGUGAAAAAAUCUGACGAACUGAAGAGCUUAGCGGAAUCAACAAUGAAUGAAUUAUUGGGCUGGUAUGGUUACGAAUGUCCAAAACAAGAAGCCAAAGAUUCCAAAGCGCGAAGAAGUAGUCGAUCCUUUUCUGGAAGUAAUGAUUCUGAAGGAGAGUCAGUCAAAUUCACUGAAGGAUGCGGAUGGUGUGGUAAAACUGUGGACGAAAACACAAGUGUGAUUUCUGCAACAGCAAUUUUCUGCUCAGAGCUAUGCUUCUCGCAGUCUAGAAGAGCAAGCUUUAAAAAGAAUAAGACGUGUGAUUGGUGCCGGCAUUCACGACCUGGCAUAUCUUAUGUCGAUAUUCAGGACAACGCUACUCAGCUUCAAUUUUGUUCGGACAAAUGCCUGAACCAAUACAAAAUGCACAUUUUCUGUCGAGAAACUCAAGCUCAUCUAGACCUGCAUCCGCAUCUACAUGGCUCAGAAACAGCUACUGGCAAUUUAAUUACACCCGAUCUUUGGUUAAAGAGUUGCACAUCUCCCAUUCCCAAUAGGGAAUCUCCAUCUUUAUCUCUUAAUCCAAUUGAAACAUUGAAUCAAAAUUCCAAAAAAUCGCCAUUGCCAAUGCCAGAGCCUUUACCAAUAAUAUCUGUGGCUCCAAGCACGAAACUUUUGGCAACUGAUACAAAAAGAAAUCGCACAAAAACCAAUAAGAGAUUUAAAAAGCUCAGUUCAUGCCCUUCUACGAUAACUUCACCAAUUAAUUAUAUGCCAUCUUUCAGUGACAUUCCUGAAGAUUUAAGAGUUAGGCAAACUCCUCCAGCAGAAGAACUUCUAGAAAGUUUUGAUAUUAAAACAAAUCUCAAAAAAGAAAGCAGUAUUAGGACUUCACUGGAUGAGCCUAGAGCGGAUCUACAGCAUCAAGAUCCUAAACUUACUUCUGAUAAUAUCCGAGCGAUUUUAGGAAAUUUUUUACCACCACCAACUACUUUUGUGCCAUAUCCUGUUAUUUUGCCAUUGCCUAUACCAAUACCCAUUCCAAUACCAAUACCAAAAAUGUUUAGAGUCAACAAAGAAAAAGAAAUUAUUGAACUGAAAGAUAAUAAUACCCAGACUGAUGAUAUAAAUAUUCUAAAUAUUAUUAACAACAAUAAUAAUAUUAUUCUAGAGAAAAGAUUUGAUACAGAAAAAGACAACAUAAGUGAACAAGUAACAACGAGUGCUAGUAAGAGGCUGCUGAGAAAAAGAAAGCAGGUUGAUAAGAAGUCGAAAAUAUAUUUAAAACCUAAAAAGGCAUUAUCUUCUUUGCCAUGAGUAGAAAUUUUAUGUCAACAUUAUUUAUUUAUGCUAUAUAGUUACCCUAAUUUUGACUCCCCGUACUUUUUUAUUUAUUUGUAAUGUAUAGGCCUAAUAAACUUCUGUUUUUAUAUUAUUA